GCCCGCACCGCCGCGAACUCGACACCCUAUGUGCUAUUGCGAGCACUGUCCCGCUGUUUGCUUUGUUACAGAUAGCUUUCCGAAUGGACGCCCGCUCGACCAUUAGCUAAUGGUGCGUAACGCGAGUAUUUGGAGACGCGGCGCAGAUCCGCGUAUCCAGGAAACGAGCCCCGCGCGCAGAGUGGACACGGACGCACGAGAGUGGACGGCGGGGGGGUUUUAAAGCUCUGCUCGUGUUUUCGUUGUAUUUGCGUGGACGUGUGCGCCCAGCUGGACACGUGUGGAUUUUAUUUCUAAGACAAUGGCCUCCUCCGACGCGCUGACUGAGCUUAAAAGUGGCCCUUUGUACUUCUUUGACCAGCCCACAAGACCAAGGCGAAUAAAGGGAACUCAUUGGGACGAUAAAAGUAACCAAGAGAAUGUCAGCAAUAAAGGGGACGAGGAGGCGCUCCCUGAGAGGCUGACAGGUAAACCUGAUACCUCACCUGCUGCUGCACUGAAUAUGAAGGACCGCGGUCGGGUGGAGGCGUACAAGCGAGCAGCCCCUCGCUUGUUGAGCGAACUGGCUGCUCUGCUGUCACACGACACGCGCCCGGAGGCCGCACCCGUUCCCCGUGGCGUCGCUAACAUCCUGAGCUACUCCUGGCAGGACCUGGCGGCCGGGGCGACGCCCCUGAGCGGGCCUGGGCCGACACACAGGCCACAGGUCAUGUCCAGGGUGGACGGCGCCAGCGGGCCGGCGUCGGCCUCCGACGGGCAGGAUGCUGAACAGAGCGCUCCACGUGGCGGUUUAGACGCCGGCGCGAAAAGGCUCAAACGCAACAGCAAAACAGCAGCUCACGUCACGACGCCCGGCGUCUCCGUCUUGUCCAUCAGCUGUAAAAGUGCAGGUGGGAAACAGGCCUGCAGGUGUGCGUGGUGUCAAUGGUUCGACGGAGGCCUCACUGCUGGAUGUGACUGUCGUCCAGGUUGGGUCGCUGGGCCGGAGCAGCAGGCGGCGCUGUGUCAGUGGGUGGUGGAGCGACUGCAGGCGGCCAGAAAUCCUGAGUGGGUCCGGCUGCAUGCACCGUACGUUGUCCCUUCACUUUCAUUUCAAAAAUCACCUUCACGCAGGAGAAUACGGCCGAGCCGGGACGCGCUGCUGCUGCUCCGUCACUAUGGAAACGCACCGCGCAAAGCGACGGGCCGGAAGGAGAAGGCCCUAGUGAACGGACUCCCUGAGAUCCCAGACGUGAGGCUGCAGAGUCCAGCGCCGCACAAGCUGCACUACCGGAUCGACGACGGCUCCUCCUUCAUAUACUACCCCUCUGGGGGCAUGGCCGUGUGCCAGAGCCACUCGGGCCGGCCCGGCGGAGGCUUCUACACCAACGUGUUCAGUGACAGCCGCCGUCCCGCCUUCCUGGCCACCGUCACCGCCUCCGGCCGCGGCGCCGUCACGCACCCUCUGAGCGCCAGUAUCACUGCACUGUGGGACCAGGAUGGUGGAUUCACCUGUGACCCGCUGGGGAACAUAACUGAGGAGUGGAGGUGGACGGCGGAGCCCACGCUGAGGGGAAAGGUCCAUAUACAGGUGUCAGAUCUGAUCUGUGUGAGGCUGUUCAGCGGAACGUCCGCCCUCCUCACCUUCAGGUGUAACGACGAGAGCGUUCACCUGCCUCUUUGUGGUCCGUCUCCUAGCAACCGACCAAAGGAAGCGGCUGAUGCUGCGUUUGCCUGCUCGGUCGCGACAGAACCACUGGGACCCGCUGGGUCUUCAGAACACGGGAGGAGCCAGACAUUAGGGCCCACGGUCCGAGAGCCGGAGGAGCCGUCGGCACCGUGGAGAAGAGGCGGCCGCGGCGUCGAGGAGCUGAGGAGGCUCCAGAGGAGGGUCCGAGGAACACUGGACCAGUGGCUGGCCUGGUACCGCCGGGCCCUCGGUGUCGAGUGUCCUGGUGGGAAGCGGCUGCCGGAUGCCCCGGCGCGGACCGGGCAGAGGGGAGAGGGACGCUCGGCAGCGCUGCCCUCUCUGAACCCGCUGGAACGGACUGGUGCCCGGCCAGAGCGGACCGGUACCAGGCCGGAGCGGACCGGUACCGGGCCGGAGCGGUGCAGCAAGGAGCUGCGCAGACACGCGGUGGUGCUGACGGUGCCGGCGGACGGAGCGCCUGACACGGCGCCGGCGCUGCCCAGGACUAGGAAGCGGGGGAAGGAGGGGCCGUGCGUCACUCGUAUUGGACCGCUCCAAAUCCACGGAAACAUCCAACUAGAGUCAGUGAUUAUUCCCAUGGUUCUGGAGUCACCGCCCCCUGCUGUGAGCCGCUGUCCAGCCCCGCUGCCGUCCCCCCCCUCCGCCCCCCUCGCCCUGUGCCCCGUUCUGCUGAGGGCGGCCCUGCUGGGGGAGGGGGGGCGGAGGCGGUGCCGCUGCAGCUCCACGCGGAUGCCGGCGCUGACGGACCUGGAGUACGACGCCUUCGUGACGGGUCAGCCGGCACACAGCAGGCAGAUCCUGGUGGUGUGCGUGACCGGGCCGGGCCGGGCCGCCGCCGCACGGGAGCGGGACCCGCUGGAGCAGCUGUACCGGAGGAGGAACAGGCACCGAGCCAUGCCGUGCACGCAGUGCCAGAUGGACUCAUUUCGCCUGGUGAGGUACGAGACCGCAGCCGCGGAGCCGGGCCGCCGGGACCAGAACGUUCUGCUGCAGCAGCGACACAACGCGGCUCCUGGGAUGGUUCUGAUGUACAUCAGAGGGACGCUCCUGUUCGUGGGCUACAUAUUCAGUGAUCACAGAGGAUCAGUCAUAAACCUCCAGGAGCAAAUCUCCAGAGCCAGAGCAGGCUACAGAUCCGGCGUGAGGCUCCCAGCAGAUCACAAGUUCAGUGACACAGUGGAUUUCACCACAGACGCACGUCCCUCACGAGAUGCGAAGCCGCUCGCUGCAGUGGAAAAGCAAAAGGCCGGCGGACGGCACGUGGCUGAAUAAGUGUCACCAGUUCAUUUUUCAGAAAUGCCUUAAACGCUGCUUUUUAAUCUGCGUGUACUGUUAUUUUUCCAAGAUUUUCAAGAAUGAAUGCUUUUAUUUCCUGGACAGAAAAAAACCCCUGAAUGUUUCCAGAAGCACACACACAACCUUCAUUUCCUCAAACUUGAUCUGUGUCAGUGAUGGCGCAAUUUCUGUGAACGUCUCCAAAGAUCCUAAAGGAUAAAAGAUAAAAAUAAAAACAACAAUAACAAUGGUUUGGUAACUGUGCAGGUUUGUU